AUGGAUAAAAGUGAAUUUUGCAACAAUUCCGAAUUGCGAACAAUUGAACUUGUCGAUGAGUAUGGACGAUCUCAUUUACUAACUUUAAGUAAAGCUGACGCUUUGCGGGCUUUAAAUGAUCUCACGUUUGCUACUUCACUGCUUGACGGUGUAACUAAAGGAGAAUCUUUUGUUAUUUUAGAAGAUGACCAAAUUAUUGCUUUGGACAACAUAGCUGACUCUGAUUUUACUACUUCUCGCACUAGCAUUACUCCUACUAAGAUUUCUCGUACCAGCACGUCUCGCACCGGCAGUUCUCGUGCCAGCACUUCUCGUACCAGUACUUCUCAUACCAGUACUUCUCGUACCAGCACUUCUCAUGCUAGGAUUUCUCAUAAAACAAAUUCAACUGAUUAUAGGAAUAAUUUUCUACAUGAUAAUAUAUAUCACUCAUCUGAAGAAGAGUCAGAUCAUUUCGUUCAUAAUGCAGACGAAUUUAUUCCUGAUCCUAAAGAAGUUGAUAUUUCGUCGAGUAGUGAAACUAAUAGUAAUGUCGAUGAAUUUGAAGAUGAAAUUCGACCCAAGGAUACAAAAAAUACGAAAGACGGUGAUUAUUAUUCUUGGUCGGAGGAAGCUAGUAAACUAUUAAUAUAUUUAUUUAAGCAAGAAAACGUUACUGAUUAUACAAAAUUCAGAGGCAAAAAAUCACUGAAGCCUAAGUUUUGGACUCAUAUCUCUAAAUUAAUGCAAGAACAAGGCUAUUUAGUAUCUGGUCGUAAAUGCUCUUUGAAAUGGUCUAGUCUUCUUAGACACUAUAAAAGUAUUAAGGAUCAUAACGCAAUAUCGGGAAAUAACCCUGAAAAAUGGGACUUUUAUGAAAAUUUAGAUAAAAUACUGAGCGAGAAGCCGUAUAUUAAACCAGUCUCAGUGGCUUCAUCGGAUGAUAAUCGUGAAAAAACACCUGAAGCAGAUAUGACUGGUUUAAAAGACACCAAAAAAGAGAAAAUCCCAAACGGACGUGUAGAUGGUAAUAUUCCAUCAUCACUAACAAUUUGGGACAAAUCGUCCCUUGGAGAGUUAGUCGAUGGGGUAACCAUCGAACUUGAACACUAG